AUGAAUCCACUUCGACCAUCCAACAUACAGAAUCGCACAUUGGCUCCGCCCAGUGCAAACGAAGCUGUUCAAAAGCGCACUUCAGGGACGGUCUCAUCAUUACAACGCAAAUGGUCAACGCCUACAUUGAAUGUCAAUCAUUCCCCACCGUCUUCACAAAAUCGUAUCAUGUCAUCAUCUCAACCUUCUUGGCAAGCAAAUGAAUCUGAGUGGCCUCCAUCUUCGCCGCCCAAACCCAAACCAAAGGCCAGCGUGAAUAUGCCGUAUCAGAAUCCCACCAAAUCAAAUGCAACCCACGACAAACCAAACUCUAGCACAUCGUCUACUUCAAAAACAGCCAUUCGCACAAAAACUGGAUUUCAAGCCAACAGUACAGUCAUGCAGACGAUUGCUCAGCGGGCACCUAACAAACCUAAACCGACCGCCAAACGUGACUUCCCAUGGGAUGUCGGAGGUCCUAAUGCCAAAAAGUUGGCUGGAGCUUCUCGCGUCCCUAUGUCUAUGGGGACGAGCCAACUGGGAAAUCCCAAGCUUAGCAUUUCGGCCAAAGUCUCUCUUUCAAAAGAACAACAAGCUGUCCUUGAUCAAGUCUUGAAAGGAGAAUCCGUCUUCUUCACCGGUUCUGCGGGUACAGGGAAAUCUGUACUUCUUCGUCAUAUUAUAGCCGCCCUCAAGCUGAAUUACAAAAGUAAAGCCGAUGCGGUAGUUGUGACGGCAUCAACCGGUAUGGCAGCUUGUGCGAUUGGUGGGACUACCAUACAUUCUUUUGCUGGCAUUGGAAUUGCUAUAGAAUCGCCCGAUCUACUGGUCUCCAAGGUCAGAAAGAACAAGAAAGCGGUCUCGAGAUGGACACGUACAAGGGUGUUGAUAAUUGACGAAAGUAAGCUUCAUAUACAAGUGGCCUUGUGA